UUUCACAACAAAUCAAAACCAAAAAACAUGAAGAUUCACACUUCCCUCAGAUGGGCAAUUCUCACCCUACCCAUCUUGAUCUCUUUCAAAUUCAAUCACUCUCAUGCAAAACAAACACAACCCAUCUCAGAAUCGCCAAGAUUUCAUCAAUGGACUCACCACCACCUCCACACACAUCUCCAACAACAAACCCUACUCAAAUUCUCAUCCCCUUUUUUGAUUUCAGGACUCCUCUGUUUCAUAGCUGCCUCAAUCUCAAGUGCUGGUGGUGUUGGUGGUGGUGGGUUGUUCAUACCCAUCUUAACCAUAGUGGCUGGUUUAGACCUCAAAACAGCCUCAAGUUUCUCUGCUUUCAUGGUCACAGGUGGUUCAAUUGCCAAUGUCAUGUGCCAAAUGGUCAUGUCAUGCCCUAAGUUUGGUGGCAAGGCUUUGAUUGACUAUGACAUAGCUCUUCUUUCUGAGCCAUGCAUGUUGCUUGGGGUGAGUAUUGGGGUGAUCUGUAAUCUUGUGUUCCCAGAAUGGCUCAUCACCAUACUUUUUGCUGUUUUUCUUGCUUGGUCUACAUCCAAGACAUGUAAAUCUGGGGUUAUGUUUUGGAAAUCGGAAUCAGAGGAGGGGAAGAGAAAUGGGUUUGGGAAAUUGGAAAAUGGGUUGGUGAGAGAAGGUGAGAUUUGUGAUGGGAAUGAAGUGACCAAACAGCCCCUUCUGGGUGAGGGAUUGGAAAACUGUAAAUUGGGGAUUCCAUGGAGGAAAUUGGGAGUGUUGAUUUUGGUAUGGUUUUCUUUCUUUGCUCUGUAUCUUCUCCGCGGAGAUCGGUUUGGACAGAGUAUAAUACCAAUAGAGCCUUGUGGAAUGGGAUAUUGGAUUCUCUCAGCAUUGCAAAUUCCUCUUGCUAUAAUUUUUACUACUUGGAUAUUGCACGGAAGAGAAAGCCCCCAAGAUCAAACUUUCUACCAACAGGAAGGAGGCCAAAGUAAAAGUGGGCCAUCGAACAAGCUCAUUUUCCCGGUAAUGGCUAUGUUUGCAGGGAUUUUGGGUGGAGUUUUCGGAAUUGGUGGUGGAAUGCUCAUAAGCCCACUUCUUCUUCAAGUUGGAAUAGCACCAGAAGUAACAGCAGCAACUACUUCAUUCAUGGUGUUCUUCUCAUCAACCAUGUCUGCAAUGCAGUACUUGCUGCUAGGCAUGGAUCACACAUAUGGUGCCAUUGGCUUCACCUUGGUUUGUUUUGUUGCGUCACUUGUCGGUUUGAUGGUACUGCAGAGAGCUAUGGAAUUGUAUGGAAGGGCCUCCCUCAUUGUGUUCUCAGUUGGUACUGUGAUGGCUCUGAGUACUAUUCUAAUGACAAGCUUUGGAGCCCUUGAUGUUUGGAGUGACUAUACAAAUGGGGAAUACAUGGGAUUCAAAUUGCCUUGCUGAAAUAAAAUUAAAUGCUUUCUUGGUAAUCAGGUUUUGAAACCUAAUGUCCUAAUGAAGUUUUGAGUUAGAAAUUUGGAUUUUAGAGGUGUCAUGCAUCAAAGAGACACAGGAGAGAUGUUGUAGGGAGAUCUGUGCAUUUUCUUCUCUUUUUUUUCAUAGAAUUGUGCAUUUUUGGGGAAAUUGUUUUAUAAUCCUGAAAUAACAUAUUGCCUACAUGGUCAUUCUUAGCCGAUGAAAAAUCACAACA